ACACCAAAUUUCUGCAAUUGAAAUUCUGCAAAGAUUGCCAGGGAGGCAGCUUCACAGUCAGGAACAAUUGUGCAUGAAGUUUCACCACAGGAAUUCAGGUGGUGUGGACAAGGUUACCAAGAGCAAUGGUGAGUACGUGGCUACCAAGGAAGCAAUCCUAGACAUCAUGCGACAAGCCCAUAUUGAAACUGGCCAUGGUGGUGAAAAGAAGAGCCAGAAUAAACUUUCUGAAAAGUAUGCAAACAUCCCACUGCUUCUUAUAGGACAGUACAUCAGCCACUUUGAGGGUCACAGGCAGGAGAGAGCAACAGGAGUGCUUGUGAGACACCUGUCUGUCAACGACUCGAAUGAACGUGGACAAGUAGACCUGGUUGACAUGCAGACUAUGAAGGAGAGAAGUUAUCAUUUCAUAAUGCACUACAUGGAGUACCUGACCAAGUUCCACAUCAUUUGCCCUCUGAAAUCCAAGACGGCAGCUGAGGUUACCCAUGAGCUGCUUCUCAUAUUUCUAGACAUCGGAGCUCCACAUAUUCUUCAAUCAGAUAAUGGAAGGGAGUUCACAGCACAGGUCAUCCACAAACUGGCAACAAUUUGAGAAGAACUGCUUUUGGUCAUCCCUAGAGUCAAGGCUCUGUGGAACACAGUAAUGGUGAUAUGAAGCUGAGGCUAACGGCCUGAUGCCUGACAACAACUGUGGUCAGUGGAGCUAUGGCGUCUGACUUGUUCAGUGAAUAAUGAACAGCAGUUAUCAUGAGGCUAUAAACUUGGCUCCUUACCAAGGACUCACUGGAAACAAACCACGGUGUAGCCUCAGAUCAAAGUUGCCAGAUGAGUUCCUCAACAGGAUCUCCACAGCCAUUGAAGAAGAAGAACUGGAAAGAUUUCUUGAGAACAUGGAAAAUCCUGAUCCUGAACUGGCCCCCGGGCCAUCCACCACAGACGACUCCAAGUCAGCUCUUGAACCAUCCAACAAGGACAACUCUGAGCCAAUCUCUGGAUCAUUCAACAUGGAUGACCCUGAGACAUCCCCGGGACCAUCCUCCAUGUAAGACCCUGAUCAGGCUUCUGGAUUAUCCACUACAGAUUACCUUAAAUCUGAAGAAGAACUUCAUCCUGCCAGAUGUGCAAGGAAGGUGGCACACAAGGGCAUUAUGCAGCAAGCCAAGCGGAUGCUGUCAUGCAGCACAAUGCACUUUAGGCUGUUGGUGUUGGAGACAAUGUGACUGUCCCAGUGUCAGUAUUUGACCCCAGUAAAGGUGACCUACCAAAUCUUUUAGGUGUGAUGCUGGCAACAGAUGGGACUGGCUACACCACUGGAACAGCUAAGGGGAUUGUGAAAAGCAAAUUUGCCAGGAAUUAGUUUGAAUUUGUGCAGUACAGUGGACUCAAUACAGAAGACAUUCUACCGGAAGGACUCAGCCUUUGUGAGAUUGUACGUGCUCGAAGUGUUUGAGGUGGUCAAGGCUUCCAGAGAUGUCACUGCAGGAGUAACUGCUUAUCAAGAUGAUGAUCCUGCGUGAAAGCAGGUCUCUGCUGCAACAGUGCCUGUUACAGCUACAAAUCCUGUGACAACGCUGAUAUUAAAUAUGUAUGAAUUAUAUUUAUGCUGUUUUUGUAAACAUUGAUGUAUAAGCUAUCUGAAUGGUUUGGGUGCGAUCCUGAAUGAAAUAAACCAACAAAUUUGAAAUGUUUGGCUGUCACAAUGAACCUGA